AUGUUUGACGAUGGCGUUCAAGAUUAUGUGCUUAAUCGACUCAUCACCGGAUUGUCUUCGUCAAGAGCUGCGGCUAGAGUUGGCUUUUCAUGUGCUCUUGUGCACUGCUUGCAGAAGUACCCGAAAAGGUGGAAAUGUGAUGACUUGUGGAAACUUUGCGAGGACAAAUUACCGUUAAAUGAUAAGGAUCAAUCACAAGCAAACGCGAUCGGGCGUUACUUAUUAUUGGAUUCACUAUUUGCUUCGGAAGUGUAUAAAAAUAACUUCAAAUGGAUUGCCGAGAAGCAGUUGGCAUUGGCAGCACGUUUCCAGUGGCUUUCAAUGGGCGUUUGGCAGUCGAAGACAAACUCGGUAAAUGUCACUCACUUAAUCGAGGUGCUGAUCUCGAGUGCUGACAAAACGAAUCAAUUUGCUGAGGUUGUGCUUUUU